UGCCACUUUAUCAAUGUUUAAUGGCAAUAUGAUGAUAACAGCAGUGUAUGAAACAGUGAUUAAGAAGAUAGAUGAAGAGAUGAAUGUAGCAACUGCAAACCGUGCCCGCCCAGCGUCAAAUGCGAUGUCCUUACAAUUAAACAACAGUUCUUGGCAUCAAAGA